AAAAUGUUCCAACGUGUAUUUGAACUAACCUGGAGACCCCAAAAAAACCAAGACCAUGGAAUCGGCGGCGAAGCGGUGCCACUACGAAGUCCUAGGGCUGAGCCGCGACUGCACCGCUGACGAAAUCCGAUCGGCGUACAAGAAGCUCGCCUUGCAACGCCACCCUGACAAGCUCGUCCAGUCCGGCUUAUCCCAUGCCGAAGCCACCGCUCAGUUCCAAGAGCUAGCCCAAGCUUACGAGGUCCUCUCCGACCCGAAAGAGCGAGCCUGGUACGACUCGCACCGGUCUCAGAUCCUCUUCUCCGAUCUCAACUCCAACUCGGUCGCUCCAAACUCGGCGAUUCCAAACCUCUUCUCCUUCUUCUCCAACACCGUCUUUUCCGGGUACUCCGACUCGGGUCGCGGGUUCUACAAGGUGUAUUCGGAUCUCUUCGACAAGAUUUACGCGAACGAGAUCAAUUUCUCGAGGAAAUUAGGGUUAGCGUUGAACAAGGAGGCGCCGUUGAUGGGGAAUUUGGAGAGUCCGUACGUGCAGGUGACUGCGUUCUAUAACUACUGGUUAGGGUUUUGUACGGUGAUGGAUUUUUGCUGGGCGGAUCAGUACGAUGCGAUGGCCGGAGUGAAUCGGAAAUCGAGGAGAGUUAUGGAGGAGGAGAACAAGAAGGUGAGGAAGAAGGCGAGGAGAGAGUAUAACGAAACGGUGCGUGGAUUGGCGGAGUUUGUGAAGAAGAGGGAUAAGAGAGUGAUUGAUAUGGCGGUGAAGAGGAAUUUGGAGAUGGAGAGGAAGAAGGAGGAGGAGAGAGAGAGGAAGAAGAGAUUGGAGAAGGAGAGGAUUGAGAAGGCUAGGGCUUACGUGGAGCCGGAGUGGACUAGGGUUGAUGAGGAAGAUUUGGAGGGAGAUGGAAAGGGAAUGGAAGAGGAGGAGGAGGAGGAGGAGGAGGAGGAAGAAGAGGAGAGGAAGAGGAAGGAGUUUUAUUGUGUGGUGUGUGGGAAGAAGUUUAAGAGUGAUAAGCAAUGGAAGAAUCACGAGCAGUCAAAAAAGCAUAAGGAGAAAGUCGCAGAGUUUCGUGAUUCUCUUGGUGAUGAAGAAGAAGGAGAUCAAGAUAUUGGGGAAGAAGAGGAGAGAGUCGUCGAUGAGGUUGGUGAGCAAAUUAGAGAUGAAUUAGAGAUUGGGGAUAAGGACGAGGAGGAUGUGGAGAAUGGAGUUGGAUUUCAUGAUGUUGAGGAUACAAAUGAGGUUGGAGGAGGUGAGGAGAGUGAUGGUGAUGGUGUAGAUGAUGAUGAUGAUGAUGAUGAAAUGGGUGUGCUUGAAGCAAUGGUGGCAGGGCGUAAGAGUAGGAAAAAUGUGGGUUCAAGGAGUGAAGUAAAGGCGGCAGCGUGGAGUGAGGUUCGUGUUGAGGAUGAGAGUGAUGGGGUCGAGUUACCUAAGAGUAGGAACAAUGUGGGUUCAAGGCGUGAAGAAAAGGCAGCCGCGUGGAGUGAGGUUCGUGUUGAGGAUGAGAGUGAUGGUGUUGAUUUUAUGGAAUACAAUAAUACAAAGAGCAAGAGAAAGAAUCGUAGGAGUAAAAAGAAUGGUGGAGAGGCUACUAGGGAUGUGACCGAUGAGAUUAAUAGACAGAGUGAGGAGGGUGAGCGUAAUGGACAUGAUCAUUCAAAAUUGGAGGAGGAAGAGUCCUCUUCUCAUUCUGUUGUGGAAAAUGAGAGUAAUGGUAAUGGUAAUGGUAAUGUUAAAGGGGGUGAUCAGUUAGCUAGAGAUAAAAAGUCUUCAAAUCAACACGUUGAUAAAAAAGGGGCUGGGAAGAAAGAUACAAAUGCCAAAUCAAAGAACUCUUCCAAAGGAAAGAAAGCCAAGGCAACAUCGAAGAAUUCUAGCAACACAUGUGAUACAUGUGGAGAGGAAUUUGAAUCAAGGACUAAACUACACAAGCAUUUGGGUGAAUCCGGCCAUGCUACAUUAAAACACAGAUGACGAAACAAUUGAUGAUAGCAUAAAUUAUCAUGCGAGUGAGAGCAGCAUUCCGCAUGUUGGUUCGCAUGAAUUGUUUAUUGUAUUCAUUCAUUUAUUCUGUUGUAACAAUGCUAAACUACACUAAAUAGUCAUGGGUAUCUGCAAUUCUGCAUGUAGCAUACCCAUUUUUUGUCCUCCUACUGUAGAGCAGGCUUCUGUUUUGAUUGAUAGUGUUUUUUAAUUCAA